AUGGAUAUCAUUUUCAGCCUAAUGCAAUUGCAGGAAGAGGCUCGUGAGCACAACGGAAACCUUUUUGUCACUUUUGUAGAUCUAACUAAAGCUUUCGACACUGUAUCUAGGGAUGCUCUUUGGGUUGCCCUUAAAAAGCUAGGUGUUCUCGAAAAGAUGCUCAAUCUCAUUAUUUCUCCCAUCUUCCAAUAUGCAGUAAAUGAUAUGCUGAAGAGAAUGUCUGAAGAAGAGGUUAGUGUCGGUUCAAUUGAUUAUGAUCAGUCGUUUGACUGUUCAAGACGAGCUAAGAUAGCAGCACGCUACGAAGUGUGGAAUUCCAUUGUUUGGGUUCAGAGAUGGCGGCGUGCAUGGAAAGAUAAGCAUGCAACACUACGUCCAGAGACUAUAAAAAGUUGA